UAACAGUAGGUGGACCCAUCUUUUAUACACAUUUCUUAACGUACAAGGGUUAAAGCAAACUUGGCCAGUUCAAUAAAUAUUUAAUAACUAAAAACAUAAGGCUUGAAACCAGUUCUCAUUCUAAAGCAAAGACACGGUUUAUAACCCUAGCAAGCUAAGAGCUAAUGCUAAAUUGAGUAUAACACUAGCAAGCUAACGCUACUAACAGCUGAUACAGUCCUGAAGUUUACUGUCAACUCGGGUAGAUUACUGUUAUUUGGUAGUUAAUAACGUUAGAUAAUGUUUACUUGUAGUGGGGUUAAGUUGCCACGGUCAGUGAGUCCUUUUUAGUUUCAUACAGACGUGUCUUUGGUUGUAAAUGUGUGAAUCGAUGUGCUUCGGCUAAGCUUAGCAGUACUUUCAGUUAGGCGAUUAUGUGACAGUAUUUCUUUAAUAUAUUUCUUCGUUGUCUCCCAACACCUCAAGAUGUCUAAUAAAGAAGUGAAAAGCGGCACUGAAAGUGCCAGAGAGGCCAAAAACAAAGAGUUCAAAGAGGCUCUAAAACACUGCAAGGCUGUUUUGAAACUUGAAAAGAACAAUUACAAUGCAUGGGUAUUCAUCGGCUUGGCAGCCAGUGAACUGGAGCAGCCUGAUCAAUCACAGACAGCCUACAAAAAGGCCGUGGAGCUGGAGCCUGAGCAGCUGCUGGCCUGGCAGGGCCUUGCAAAUCUUUAUGAAAAGACUGAUCAGUGGGAUUUCAAAGUUGAGCUGCCUAACAUCUAUCAGAAGCUUGUGGAGCUCUAUGCAAGCUCAGACAAAAACAAAUGUUAUGAGGUGAUCAAAAAGCUGUCAGAGAUUUAUCAGUCUGACAAAGAAUAUUCAAAGUUGGCAAAGGUUUGGCUGCAGCUUGUCCAGCUGAAGGAGGAAGAGGCUGUGGAUAAGAAAGAGUUAGUGCAGCUACUGCAGCAGAUGACCCAGCUCCUGUCAGACUGCCUCAGUGAGGAGGAGGAGCAGGACAAUGAAACUCAACAGCAUAUAAUCACAGCAUUUGAGAAGGCCAUGCUCUUAAUGAUCCUGUACCUGGAGAGGAAACACAAGAAGCUCUCUGCUGACUAUAUUAAAUGUCUUUCUAAAAUGCCACUGGAAGAAAACAAAAUGAAAGUAGCAUGCCAGUCCAUGCUGUCCCUCUACCCAACAAGUUAUCCUCUUGAGGUCCUUGCAGUCCACUACCUUAAAACAGGGGACUCAGGAAAAAUGAAACUCAACCACUGGUGUCAUCAAGAGCUGGCGGUCUCCAAUCCAAACCUGGCUGAGGGAUUUGCACUGAGAGGACUGAUACACAUAGCUGAAGGCCAGCAGCAGCAGGCAGAGCAAAGUUUCCUGAAGGCCACAAGCCAGAGACCAGACUGUGGAGAGUUUUAUUUCUUGCUUGGACAGCUCUACUGGGACAUGGGAGAAGAGACCCGUAAAGACCGGAGCAAGGCCCAUACUCACUUGCUAAAGGCUGCAAAGUUAGAUCCACACCUUGGCUGUGUAUUUCGCUACCUUGGCCUAUAUCGAGAGGUAGCAAAUGAUUAUGGCCGUGCACAAGGCUGCUAUAAGAAGGCCUUUCAGUUGGACGAUGAGGAUGCUGAGUCUGGAGCUGCAUCAGUGGAUCUUAGUAUGAGCCAGGAGGAUAUGGACACUGCAUUAUCAAUACUUCAGUCAGUGAUAGAGAAAGCAACUCCAGGCUCAGCUAAAUCCUGGAUGAGACGAGGCCUUUACUACCUGAAGACUGGAGAACACCAACAGGCCAUAUCUGAUUUGCAGGCAGCUCUCAGAGCUGAUCCUGAGGACUGGGUGUGCUGGGAGUGUUUAGGUGAGGCCUACCUUAACCGCCGGAGCUUCACAGCCGCUCUGAAGGCCUUUGGUAAGGCCCAUCAACUUCAGCCCUGCUCCAUCUACAGUGUCUACCAGGUUGCUGCUAUUAAACAGACUUUGGGCAAGUUCAAAGAGGCAGUCUCAGAGUACUUGCAGAACGCACAGCAAGACUAUGUUCCUGCCCUUAAAGGUCUUGGGGAGUGCCAGCUGUCUCUGGCAAAAACUUUAAUGGAAGACUGCAGAGUGGAGGAGCCAUUGAUCUCAUUCAGCAAGCUAUCUCAGAACCUGUUCAGAGCUGUACAGCUGCGACCAGACCUGUCUUGUUUGUGGAAGCUGCUGGGAGAUGCUUGCACCACAGUUUGCAUCGUGUCGCACAAAGCCCAGGUUCUAGUGCCUGCCUUACUGGCUGGUUUGGACCCCAACACAGAGGGCCACAUGUUGAACCAGUCACAGGCGCUCAAAGCUGGUGAGAGGUGCUAUGCUCAUGCUUUGAAGCUGAUGCCUGAGGUCCCCAGCCUUUGGUAUGAUCUAGGAAUCAACUAUUACCGCCAGGCCACCAAACCACUGGAGGGAGACCAGACCUCCCUGUCUCUGCUACUAGAAAAGGCCCAACAGUGUUUGAAAAAGGCUGUCAUGAUGGACAGUGGGAACCAUAGCCACUGGAAUGCCCUUGGAGUGAUUUCCAUGAACAAAGGUCUUGAGAACUAUGCUCUGGCUCAGCAUUGCUUCAUCAAGUCCAUCCAAGUUGAGCCAAAUAAUGUUGUUGCCUGGACAAACCUUGGUACUCUGUACUUGAAGAAGGACAACAUAGAGCUGGCACACGAGGCUUUCAAGAUUGCUCAAUCCUUGGAGCCACUUUAUGUCAGCUGCUGGAUUGGACAGGCACUGAUAGCAGAAAACGUGGGAAGCUAUGACACCAUGGAUCUUUUCAGGCACACCACUGAACUCAGCACACAUAUGGAAGGAGUGAAAGGUUAUGCCUACUGGGUUUGUUCCACCCUGCUGGAUAAGAGCAACAGAGACUCUGAACUGUAUCGCUACAACAUUGUGCAGAUGAAUGCAGUCUCUGCUGCUCAGGUGGCACUCAGCAAGUACACAGAGAGGAUCCAGUCUGACCCUGAUGCCUUCAUUAUGCUGGGCUACCUGAAUGAGCAUCUGCAGCUGAAGAGGCAGGCCUUGCAGGCUUACCAAAGAGCGGUUGAACUGCUUCAGUCCACGUCCUCUUCAGAAGAGCUGGCUUUUUCUCUGGGCUGUUAUGGCCGGGCUUUGUGCACCUCUGGCCAGUGGGAGGAGGCGGUUCAGGUUUAUAAUUCUACUCCACUACAGGAGCUCAGUGACCUCGUUGGGCUGGCUCUGGCCUACUGCAGGGCAGGUCUCGUCCCAGAAAGCAUUAGCGCCUAUGAACGUGCCUUGGCUGUGGCUUCCAAUGAAAAGGAAAAGGCCUACAUACUAACAGCUUUGGCUUUGCUGCAGCACCGGCAGGGCAACCUGGACUCAGCCAAGACUCUGCUGUUUAAAUGCUCAAUGUUAAAGGAGCCAAUCUCAGAGUCGCUGCUGUGUUUGUGUUCUGUGGGAUUAGUCCACGGUGAUGCUACACUAGCUUCUGCUGCUUUGACUGAGUUGCUAAAACAAGGUCCAGCCUCUGGGAACGUUGUGGAGCAGCGAUGUCUGCUCACCUGCUCCUUGCUGGCUCUGCAGGGAAACUUCAGUGCUGUGCAAAGAGAAGCUUCCAGAGCUGUACACAGCAAUCCUGGAAACCCAUCUCUGUGGGCCCUUCUGUCCAGAGUAGUACCACAAUACUACCCCAGAAAGGCAAAUGGUGGUGCAGUGGCUGGCCAUGUUGCCUGUCUCUCCAGUAUGACCCAAGGAAAGAGGGCGUUGUUGUACAGUGGAGUGAAUCAGCUAGCUAGUGGGAGAAACUCUGGAGAGGACAAGCACAAGAAUGCACUGAAGACCAUGCAGAGAGCUGUUCUCCUCUGUCCUGACGAUCCAGCUACAUGGGCCGGGUUAAUGGCUGCCUGUCACACAGAAAACACUUCUUGUUAUCUUUCUGGCUCCGCCCCUUGCAGACAAGCACUGGAGCAAAUCCUCAUGUCAGUGGUUUCUGAGAAAGUGCGUAAUGUGGAGGAGAUAGAACGUCCUCUAGCUCAGACUCUGGAAGGCUGGGUUCUACAGCAGGCGGUGACGGGUCUCAUGCUGGAGGGGCAGCUGGAGCAGGCGGAGGCCCUCUGCACACAGGUGCUGAACGUGUCCCCUGAACACCCAGCAGUGAUGCUGUCAUUGAGACAAGUGCAGUGUCAGCGCCUCCUUCUGGCUAAUGGUGGUACUGUCCUCCCUGACACUGUGCUGGAGCAGCUCAACAAUGCCGUGAUGAUGAACCCCACCAACCUGGGGGCAUGGCAUUGGCUGGCUGAGGUAUAUCGUAAUCAGGGCCUGCUGGUUCAAGCAGUCAUGGCUUACAGACAUAGUCUGCAGCUGGCCUCACAGCUUGGCGCGCAUAGCUGCCAGGUAGCCAGCCUGCUCCGACUUGCCCUGUUAGCUCUUGGACCCUGUAUGGCGGGUGUCCCAGGAAAUGACUGGCAGGACCUGGUGCUUGAAGCUACUACUGAGGUUUUGAAGAUGGGCUCAUCCCCAGUGGCCCUCCUUUUCCAGGCUCUCCUCCAGUAUGUGACCAAGAUGGCUGCUAGGGAAACAAGGCGUUUGCUGGAGAGGCUGGUAUAUGUUCCUCAAGAGUUCCCAGGGACAGUGGUGCAGGUGGCCAGCUGGUAUCUCCUUAGACACUUACAUGCCAAAAAUGACCAGGAACUCAUGAAUGUCCUUCUGCAACAUGCCAAAAUGAAUGGAGAUCAAAGACUGCUGGAGUUUCAUUCACUGCUUGCCUCUUCUUCCUGAAUUUUGCAACUGUAUCACUGUGCAUCUAUGAUAACAUUAUGAAAUCAUGCAUUAGCUGGUUUGUUUACAGACAAAACACCACCACCACUUCAACUUCUCUGAGUGUUUCAACUAAUUAUGAAAUCUUAUCAAACAUGAGAUCAUGGGUCUGAUAUCAUCAAUGUGACUUUAUUGGCUUAACAUAUUUAUUUGAUUUGGCAUUGUUCAGGAAAUGAAAUCAGUUCAUUAAUUUAACUCAUCACUGCUAUUUGCAUGUUUCAGAUGUUCUAAAAAUCGAAUAACAAUAUCAACAUUCAGGAUGAAAUAAAGACAUUUUGUUCAUAUAAA